AUGAUGCACAAUUCAUCUGGUCGUCUUAAUUUCGAUGUUGUCAAACCCGAAAAUAAUUAUCCAUCGGUAGUUUCUCAACAGAACCUAUUUGCUACUUCAGCUGACAUUGUCCAAAAACGGACUCAUGAAGCGAUUAAAGCCGCGACUGAAUCGAAUUUAGAAAUUACCGAUAAAAAACAAGAAAUAAGAUCAUUUAUUCAACAUAUUAAUGUAACAUGUGAUGGAUGCUCUAAAUCACCAAUAAUUGGUGAUAGACAUAAAUGUAUGUUUUGUCCAAAUAUAGAUUUUUGUCAAGAUUGUAAAUCAUUGACAAAUCAUCAACAUGACUCAAAACAUCCAUUAAUCUGUAUUCGUGAUUCAAGUCUAUAUACAUCAUCGAUUUAUAUUCAGAACAUGAAUAAACUCAUACAUUUCAAUACUAGUUGUGUAUAUUGUUCUGUAUCACCAAUCAUUGGUAUACGAUAUCAAUGUAUACCAUGUGGAAUAAAUUUAUGUGAAAAAUGUGAAUUUCUUUGUUUACAUGAUGUUUCACAUAAACGUAUAAAAAUUAUUCUUCCUGAAUAA